UGUGUGAAGAAAAUGUCCUCCAAACGAAAGCCGGACGGUACGAAGAAGGCGGUGAAAAAGCGAAAAAACUCCGAAUCCAACUAUGAUUCUGACCUGAGUGAUGAAUACCCGAGGGCAACGGGUGAAACGUCUGCCCGCGAGGUGAUGGUGGAAGAGCUGCGACCGAUGGAAAAGCUGCCCGAGGAACUGCUGGCCAUGUACGAUAAAGGUCCCGGCAAACUGCUCAUCGCGGGCAUGGUGUCCUGGGAAAUGACCGGCAAACGUGACUCGAAAGGGGUCACAAAGAUACGGCCAAAUCUGUUCACCUUUCACAGAUUCACCAGCGAAACGUACCGUUCGAUGGCAAGCUUCUGUUCUGGCGCUCAUUCUGUGUUGAUUGACGAAAACUGGAAAGCUUUUACCUUUGGACGCAAUCAUGUCAGCCAGCUGGGGCUUGGUGAUACGGCGACGUACGAAAAACCGACGCAGGUUUCCGAUUUGGCCGAAUUUAACGUCAUACAAGCCGCGUGCGGUCGUUUCCAUACGCUCUUCCUAACCGACACCGGGACCGUGUACGCGUGCGGUGACAACAACCGUGGCCAGUGCGGUGUCGGCAAUAAGUUGCCGACGAUUACGACCCCUACGCGGAUCAGUUACAACGGGCCACCGAUCAUUAAGGUUGGAUGUGGUGCUGAAUUUUCCGUAAUUCUCGACAUAAAGGGCAAUUUGCAUACGUUCGGUUUGCCGGAGUAUGGACAGCUGGGUCACAAUACGGAUGGUCGGUAUUUCGUAACCUCGACCAAAAUGUCUUUCCAUUACGAAAUGCAGCCGCGCAAGGUGCUGGUGUACAUGGAGAAGAACAAAGAUGGCCACGUGCUGCCGAUAGAAAAUGUCAACAUUAUUGACUUUGCAUGCGGCAAUAAUCAUACCGUGGCAAUCGAUUCCAAGAACCGUGCGUUUAGUUGGGGUUUUGGAGGUAUCGGCCGUUUGGGACACGCUGAGCAGAAGGACGAAAUGGUGCCGAGACUGGUCAAAUUCUUCGACACACAAAACCGCAAAGUGAUGCGCGUGUUUUGUGGAUCGUCGUAUAGUUUGGCAAUAUCGGACAUCGGCACACUGUAUCUGUUCGGACAGAACAAGAAAACGGGUGAAGCGAACAUGUACCCCAAACCGGUGCAGGAUCUAGCGGGCUGGAACAUUACCAGCAUCGGCACGGGCAAUACGUCGAUCGUUAUUUCCGCUGAUGAUUCGUUGAUUGCCUGGGGCGCUUCACCGACCUACGGCGAGCUGGGGUUGGGUGAUUUGCAAAAAUCAUCGUCCACUCCGAAGGAAGUGACGCGUAUGGAGGGCAUGAAAAUUCCACUAGUGGCAAUGGGUUACUCUCAUUCGAUGCUGCUAGUAAACACGGAGCAUGAAAAGACGAAGGAAAAGUACGACAAUCUGCCCGAGUUUGUCGUCUAAAUGGCAAGGUAGCUUGCCUCAUCUCAAUCUGACUGAUUUGUGCUG